AUGGAUCUUCCGCCGCCUUCAAUCUUGACCCAAUUGCCUCGGCCGCUCCAAUCUUCCACUGGGAAAACCAACGUCGGUGAAGUCUAUAGGUUGUCCGAGUCAAAAAAGAGAAAGAGAUAUGAAAUUGCUGUUGCCGUCGACGGCGAAGGCCUCAACAUCUACAAUGUGCAAUAUCCUAAACUUGUCACGUCGUAUGCCGUUCCCCCKCAAUCCGAGUUUUCCUGUUGCCCAAUUUCUAUCCGUUUGAGAGACAAGGAAUCCUCGGCGGUAAAAAGAUAUAGCUACUGUGCUGUUGGGCGGCCACAGAAUCAAGUCAAAGGCUUUUUCGAAGAAGUUGUCUCAGGAUCAACCGCCGCGCCAGUUAUCAAAUCUGCCUCAUACGCUUUAAAGGGUUCAAAGAGCCCUGCCAUCUUUGUUGGCAUUGUUCCCGGAUCUUCAAGCGACAGCAGCUCUUCGAACGAUACUUUUGAUGUACUCGUAGUACACAGAGAUGGAACAGUACGAAUACUUACAUCUGAUCUGGAAACUGAGAAAUGGAGUCUGCAACUGUCAGGAUUUGAUUAUGGAGUCGCCGCUGCUUUUCUUGUCGACCACGAUGAUGCUAGGAGGACAUUAUUCAGAAGGCGACCCGAUCUUGCUGCUUUAGCUGUCGGAGAUGUUUCGAUCUCUGUCAACAGUACUCCACCAGUACUUUUGCUCGUCUCCCAGCCUCCCAAUGAUUCGGAGGCUGCCAAAGUUCACAUGUUCUUGGUGACUACUGGAACUGCGAUUGGAUAUUCAAAUCAGUUGCAACAAGUUGAAGCUGUACAACUGCCCAAACUCGAUGGACCUCAACCUGACGUCAAGCAGCUACAGUGGACAUUUCACUCCGGGUCCGCAGGACUCGGUUUGUCGUUCCGGCAAGGAUACGUCAAUUAUGAUCUGUCGCAAUAUCCGCCAUCGUGCACUUCGAGCCUGGUCCUUGCUGAUGAAGAAUUCUCCUCUAUCAUGCGCAUCUCAGCAAACUCUGUGAUUGGUGCCGGAAAGUCACUCGUCGCUUUGUACGACACGCACUACUCGUCCAUCCAGCGCAGUAUUACCUUACGUGAACUGUCAACUAACAAGUCGCUCGGAAAGUACGAUUCGAAGAGUGUCACGAAAUUUGUAGGAUAUUUCGCCAAGUUAGGAAUUGCAUUGGCGAUCAAGGAGAAUACACUCCAAGCCUUUGAUCUGUCAUCGACGCAUUCAAUAAGAGGAACAUCUAUUAAGCGUCAACGCGACGGAUUAUUAAUUGAUGCCAUUGGACGCGGCGUUAACUCGUCAGCUACAGGCGUCAGUGCUUCGACUGUCUCUUUUGGUCUCAAAUCAACACAAGAAAUUCAGAAGUGGAACGCUUUCAAGAACGAAUUGGAGAAGGCAUCCAAGACAAAGGAUGCAACCUCUUUCGACAUGGCUGUUGGGGGUUAUUUCGGACCUUCAGUGGAGAAUCAAUCUUUAACAACUAUUCACCCUGAACAAGUCUCAUUCAUUCUUUCCCAAAUUUUCACGGUGCGACAGCAUCAUUCUGGGGACUUGAGGAAUGCUUCGAGUCUGGAGAUUGCCGUGUGGCCUGAAACGACCUGCAAAUGGCUAGUUAAAAUGGGACAAUUAUCAGUGACUCACAUUAUUACCGCAGUUCGUCGAGCCAACAGACCUCAGGUGCUUCCGCCAUUUGAGCCCGGUACGUUGGUACGCGCUCUGGCGGAGUUUGACAAGUCACUAAAAACUCUCACUCUCAUUUUGACUGGACCGAUCACGCUUGAUCGAGAGGAACUCGCGCAGGCUUUGAAGAUUUUCCUCGACGAGGCUAGGGCACGUUCAAUGGCACUAGAUCAAUCUGCAACAAUGACUAUUACGGGAAUCCCGGGCGGCGAGAUGGAUAUAGACGAAACUUCGCAGAAAGUCACUCCUCCAUCUUCCACCGAGGCUUCAUUAGAGGAUGCAUUCAUAGGACUUAAUCUAACACUGUCCCGAUUACACGACUACCCAACAAAUCAGAUAGUCUCAUGCUUGCGCUCCACGCUCUCCAACACAGACACACUCGCAAUCGUGCACCAUCUCCGCGUAUCUCUCGCCACUGGCGGAUACACAGCCCGCUUCACCGAAGAACCACCUAUCCCGCUAGAAGCCAUUAAAGCCGCUCCCCCGCUAUCCCUGGAAGCCAUUAUUGACCUCAUGAACGCCAGCGUGGACGCCAUCGGUCCCUCGGGCUGGAUCUCCGCCGUGGAAUUUGCAGGCGCCGCCGUCAACGAAGCCGAAAUGAUUUCACAUAUGCGAUCCGAAAUCUCAGCUGCACUGGCCGGUAUCGAGGAAGCAGCGUACAUGAAAGGUAUAGUCGGAGAAUUCAUUCGCUACGGCACUCGAGUCUCCAACUCCACCUCCMCCCCAGCCACUACAGCAACCAUAACCAUGGGCGCUACAGAAAUCAACGGCGAAUACACCGAAAUCACCAACAAUGGUACCCGCGCGCGCAUCAAUCGCGAAUACGACGCGUACGGUAAACUCUGGGAAACAUACACGUUCCCAAAAGCAGGCGAAGAAGAUGGGAAAAUGCUACCCUUGUCCCUCAAUACGCCGGAUUCGGAGGUUAGUAGGACCAAGAUCCAGAAGUCGACGGGUGAGGUUAAGCAGAGGACAAAAAGAGAGAUUGCGUAUUUGCAGAGACAGGCUGUGCCGGAUUAUUCUGUUAUUAGAAUUCAUUUCUAA